UUCCCUCAGUGGCUAUGGAAAGCACCCUGGUGGACUAAGAUGCACUUCACAGGCUCCUCCUUGUCUCCUUGCUUUGACUUUCCUGCCUUCUGCAAGCUGUCAUCUCCUGUUGACAUUUGCAUUUGGUGUAGCACUUGUAAGGGAAGAAAACCUCAUUUCAUCUCUCAGGAGGGAUCCAGGGUGUUAUGGGAACUGACCACUCGAAGAACAAGAGGAGAAGGAGCAUGUUUUUUCUGAGGAAAGGUGCAAAGUUGCCUGCUUGGGAAGAUGCUCUUCUCGCGGGGAAAGAACCCAAGUCACUGCUCAAAAGGGGAUUGCGUUAUGUCAGCUUGAGCCUCAUAAUGAAAGGGAUGACCAGCACUCCCGAAUUCUUGUGGAAACUGCGUGAGGUGCAGAAACUGAACCUUUCACACAACCAGCUGGUGGUGAUUCCUCCUUCGCUGGCGAAACUGGACAGGCUGGUAGUGCUGAACUUGGCUGGCAACUGCCUCAAGUGUUUGCCUAAAGAGAUUGGGCUGCUGAGGAACCUCAAGGUCUUGUUCGUCAACAUGAACUGCCUGACAGAAGUGCCGGCAGAGCUCAGCUUGUGCAGGAAGCUGGAGGUUUUGAGCCUCUCGCACAACUGCAUCUCGCAUCUACCCUUGAGCUUCACUGACUUGACAAGUUUGAGGAAACUGAACCUCAGUAACAACCGCUUUGUGCAAAUUCCUCUCUGCGUUUAUGCGCUGAGGAGCUUAGACUUCUUGCACCUAGGAUCCAACAAGCUUGAAAACAUUGCAGAGAGCAUCCAGUAUCUGGCUAAUCUCCAAAUCUUUAUCGUGGAGAAUAACAACAUACGCAGCUUGCCACGUUCCCUCUGCUUCAUCACCAGACUGGAAUUACUGAACAUGGAUUACAACUCCAUACAGACUCUUCCAGAUGACCUCUACCUCCUGCGCCGGCUGCCGCGCAUUGCCUGGAACCCGAUGGACAAAGGCCUCCACAUCGCUCACAACCCCUUGUCCCGGCCCUUGCCUGAGGUCAUCGAGGAGGGACUGGAUGCCCUCUUCAGCUACCUCAGGGAGAAAAAGGAGCACAGCUGAGUCUCCAGUGGGUUUAGGAUGAAACCUGUCAUCAAGACUCGGCUGUAUGGGAGAGCUUUCAUGCAUAGGCAUUUCCACUUCAUAAUCCUCCGAUUUCGAAGACCGUGAACAGCUUUAGUAACACUUGGAGGAAAGCAAGGAAAGUAUGAUGGUCUUGAUUAAGCGUGUGAAGAGCAAACUUUCUAAAAAUAUCCACAUUUGUAACCUUCAGUGUUGAUGUGUUUGGGGUUUUUUUUUCUAAAAAAAAAAAAACCCAACACAAUCCUGUGAUAAAAUGUUUGCUCUUCAUUUGACAGAAACAAAUUAAGGCAGACUGCUCGAAGUGCAGAAAUGUGUAUUUGCCAGCUAUUAGGUUGGAGAAAUAUUAAUCUAAAUUAGUUCCUGUAUGUGAUUGCAGUUGCACUUUAACACCUGCUCACCUCUUCAUACACAGAUAAACUACUACAUAAACAAACACUGCUAUUUAAGUGAAUCUCAAGGAACAUGUUUAAUUUACUUUCAACAGUGAAUAUAUCCUGAGCUAUAUUAGCUCACAGGCAGUAUAUUUCUGGCCAGUUCAAUACUAUUUGUUGUUUAUUCCAUGGCUGUGCGCUGUCCUCUAUAAAUUAUUACGGGUGAAGAUUGCCACGGAGGAGGCAAUUUUCCAGUUCUUUGGAAGAAAACCCCAAGCUUUUCCAAAGCUUCCAGUUUCCCUCGUGAGACACAAACCCCUCUUAGGGUGUCUGCAGUGGUGUGGGCAGGAGUCAGCAUCAGGAGUCAACCAGGAGCAGCAUCCACACCAAGCAGAGGAAUGAACGCGAGCCCUUAUUCCCUCAGAAGAAGGCUGUCAGAUGAAGUUGCUCGUUACUUGAUGAACGACUGCACUCAGUUUCCUUUCCUGCAUCCCUGCAAUCUGAGCUGUGGAGUAACUUUACUCAGGAGGCCAUAUGUCUCCUAAAGGUGAAAUAUUUCUUUCAGGAAAAGCAGCACCAAACCAAUCAUCAGCUUAAGUAAGAGCUUCAGAAACAAAUACUUACUUCCGUGAUUUUCAGUAUCAGCCGGUGGAAUUAAAGUCAGGUCUUAUAUGGUUUCUCAUAUCGAUCUCCUGUGAAUGUCCUUCAUCAAAGUUUUAUCUGGUAAUAAAGAGGCAGUUUGAAAGAGCUGUUAACAAUUUAUGCAACCUGGUUUUUUUUGUUCCCUCACACCAGUGUAAAACAGAAGCAAUUCCUUUGAAAUCAGUUGAGAUACAUGCUUGUAAUGGCAGUGUAAAAUAGCAAUGAGUCUGUAAUCCUUGAGAUAAUUAAGAGUAUUCAAAGCCACUUUUAAAGUGCUUCCCAUCCUAUGUCAAGUCAGAGGAAUCAGUGAUGACUUGAAAACAUAAUUUGCUCAAAAUUUUGGAAGGCUGAUCCUGUUUCUAGGGAAGCUGAGGGAAAAAACUCUUCAGCAGAGGUAGAAGGAGCCUGAUAAGAGCAGACAAAUCAUAGGUACAUGCAAGCAAAGGCAGCACCUUUGGCCAUGCUGACAUUAUCAGUGUGGUAUUGUAUACUGAACACAGCAAUGAAGAAU